AUGCUACCGAGAACCAGCGAUUUGAUUUUCGUCAAUGUGAAAACGCAAGAGGUUCCAGUCAGUCCAUGCUGCUCCUCUUUAGGUCAACCCUACACUCUAGAAUUAACACUCAAAGGUUGGAGGAUUGCUUCUUCCCACACGGACUGUAUGAACGGAGAUUAUACAAAGGUACGACUGCAAUUUGGCAUGUGA